AAUGCAUACUGAAUGUGUCAAACUACAAAACACAUGCUGUUAAUAAAUAUUGAUAACACGUGCUAUUUUAAGGAAGCUGACAAAAUGUGCAGCCAUGCAUAAAAUGACAGCUUCCAAAUUAGGUUUCCUUAUUGCUUGAAAAUGAUCAGAAUUUAAGCCUUUUUAAAAACAUUUUUCUAAAAGAAAGUGAAAGAAUUCUAACAACUCGGCUUGGAAAAGGAUAUUACUGUGUUAAAUUUUAAUAUAAUCUAAUGAGAAUUUGAAAAAGAACUUGAAAGGUAAAUUUGCUGACAGAAUGGGACAAAGAAAAGCACUGAAACGAAUCCAGCCAGUCAGUAGAGCCAUCUAUUGGAGAAUUAAAGAAUAGAAUUAUCGCAAGGGAAAUAACUUCUACAGCACAUCAACAUCCGUUCCAUUAAACUCCAUGUUAUAUGAGAAUACGAAUAUCACAUCAUGUUGACACACAAGAGAUUUCUUCAUUCAGAUGUGCCUUUCAUAGUUUUAUCUCAUCUCAUCAACUAACGGAAGACGAUAUAUUUAUCAGGAGCAUUCAUCAAUAGAUCAAAAUUUCUAUGAAUACAUUCUAUGACAACAGUAAAACAUCGUUCUUGUCUUCACUGUUUGGAACGUAGAGAAGGUGAUUGCUUCACAGGUUAAUUAAAGUUGGAUAACUUUACAAAAGAGUUAAAAAUUUUCACCUGCUGAUUUGGAUAUUAAGUAAGUUCAUAACUUUAAAUUGUCUUCUAGGAAUAGUCGCUAAACUGAAGACAAACAUGUUUAUAGACAUGAAAGAAACAUUAUUAUUGUGAUAUGUAUAAUAAAUUAUUCUCUCAUAAUGAAUAAUCUAACUAAACGGAAAAACCCUGAUACAAGAGAGAAACCAUAUUCCUGUGAUAUCUGUGGUAAAUCAUUCUCUCAUAAUUGUUAUUUGACUAGUCACAGACGUACCCAUACUGGAGAAAGACCAUAUCACUGUGAUAUAUGUGAUAAAUCAUUUUUUGCAAAUACUACUUUAACUCAGCACAAACAAACACAUACAGGAGAAAAGCCAUAUCAUUGUGAUAUCUGUGAUAAAUCAUUCUUUCAAAGGAGUAACUUGACUAAGCACAAACGUACGCAUACUGGAGAAAAGCCCUAUCAGUGUGAUAUCUGUGGUAAAUCAUUCUCCCGAAAGAUUAGCAUGACUCAACACAAAUAUAUGCAUACAGGAGAAAAGCCAUAUCAAUGUGAUAUCUGUGGUAAAUCAUUCUCUCGACGGAGUAACUUGACUCAACACAAGCAUACACAUACAGGAGAAAAGCCAUAUCAUUGUGAUAUCUGUGGUAAAUCAUUUUCUCAAACGAGUAGCAUGAUUCAACACAAACAUACGCAUACAGGAGAGAAGCCAUAUCAUUGUAAUAUUUGUGGUAAAUUAUUCUCUCAAAGGAGUGGUAUAACUAAACACAAACAUAUGCAUACAGGAGAAAAACCAUAUCAUUGUGAUAUCUGUGGUAAAUCAUAUUCUGCAAGUAGCAUUUUAAGUAGUCACAAACGUAUUCAUACAGGAGAGAAGCCAUAUCGUUGUGAUAUCUGUGGUAUAUCAUUCCCUGAAAGGAAUAGCUUGACUCAACACAAGCAUACACAUACAGGAGAAAAGCCAUAUCAUUGUGAUAUCUGUGAUAAAUCAUUCUCUCAAAGAAGUAACUUGAAUAAACACAAGCAUACACAUACAAGAGAAAAACCCCAUCAUUGUGAUAUCUGUGGUAAAUCAUUUUCUCAAAGGAGUAACUUGACCCAACACAAACAUACACAUACAGGAGAAAAGCCAUAUCAUUGUGAUAUCUGUGGUAAAUCAUUCUCUUAUGGAAGUAACUUGACUAAGCACAAACAUACACAUACAGGUGAGAAGCCACAUCAUUGUGAUAUCUGUGGUAAAGCAUUCUCUCAAAAGGGUCACUUGACUGAUCACAGAUACAUUCAUACAGGGGAAAAACCAUAUCAGUGUCAUGUCUGUGGUAAAUCAUUCUCUGACAGGAGGAACUUGACUCAACACAAGCGUACACAUACAGGAGAAAAGCCAUUUCAUUGUGACAUCUGUGGUAAAUCAUUUUCUAAAAGGUAUCACUUGAGUAAACACAAGCAUAUUCAUACUGGGGAAAAACCAUAUCAGUGUGAUACCUGUGGUAAAUCAUUUUCUGAAAAUAGCGCUUUAACUAGUCACAAACGUAUUCAUACAGGAGAGAAGCCAUAUCAUUGUGAUACUUGUGGGAAAUCAUUUUUUGAAAAUAGUCACUUGACUCAUCACAAACACAUUCAUACAGGGGAAAAACCAUAUCACUGUGAUAUAUGUGGUAAAGCAUUCUCUCAAAAUUGUAUUUUAACUAGUCACAAGCGUAUUCAUACAGGAGAAAAGCCAUAUCAUUGUAAUACCUGUGGUAAAUCAUUCUCUCAAAAUAGUCAUUUGACUAAUCACAAACGCAUCCAUACGGGAGAGAAGCCGUAUCAGUGUGAUAUCUGUGGUAAAACAUUUUCUGAAAGUAAUGUUUUAACUCGUCACGGUCGUAUUCACACAGGAGAGAAACCAUAUCACUGUAUUAUCUGUGGUAACUCAUUCUCUCAAAUGAGUUCUUUAACUAGGCACACACGGACACAUACAGGUGAGAAGCCAUAUCACUGUGAUAUCUGUGGUAAAUCAUUCUCUUCCAAUAGUCUCUUAACUAUUCACAAACGCAUUCAUACAGGAGAGAAGCCAUAUCAUUGUGAUAUAUGUGGUAAAUCAUUUUCUGAAAAUAGUGUUUUAACUUGUCACAAUCGUAUUCAUACAGGAGAGAAGCCAUAUCACUGUGAUAUCUGUGGUAAAUCAUUCUCCUGUAAUAGUCAUUUCACUAACCACAAACGUAUUCAUACAGGAGAGAAGCCAUAUCACUGUAUUAUCUGUGGCAAAUCAUUCUCUCAAAUAAGUGUCUUAACUAAACACAAACGGACACAUACAGGAGAGAAGCCAUAAGCCUGCAAUAUCUGUGGUAUUUCAUUUUCUGAAAAAAUAAACAUUUUCAUAUCAGAGAGAAACUACUAUGUCAUGGUUACAUCUGUGGUAAAUCUUGCUCUCAUAGACCUAACUUAACUGUACAUGAAAGAAUUCAUACAGGAAAGAAGCCAUCAUUGUGUGACACCUGUGGUACAUCAUUCUCUCAAAAAAUCCAUAUGCAUAUAUAUGUGGGUAUUCACCCACAAGUGUAACUGUAUCAAAGUCAAAUUUUAUUUCAUGACAACAAAUUACAUUAUUUUGUCUUUUAAAAAAUCAGAGUUUCAUUUCCCUUGUUAACUUUGAUAUCACCAACUUCAAUCCCAUGAAUGUAAAAGUAUUGACUCUGAGAUAACUUGAUUACUGAAAAUGCCUGUGGUUGGACUUCGAGAAAUUUGUUGAUAAAGAAUAACGAAUAAAAAGUUAUACUGUAA